AUGAAUUCCUCCUCUUACAACAUUAAUGUGACGAUWCUGAGUUAUCGAGAGUCUCAGGGCACAGCUGUGGCCAAAAACGUGCUCCUUCUGGCUCUUGGUCUGACCAUCAACUACAUCAAUUGCACCCUGAUUCACACCUUCAGAAAACACGAGAUACUUUACCUGAAUCCUCGUUACAUCUUAUUCAUCCACCUGGUGUUGAACGAUAUGAUCCAGCUCACUAUAACAAUCAGCCUGUUUUUCAUUAGUUACGUCUUCUACAAGAUCCAAGCUACGCUCUGUUGCCUCAUCAUCACCCUUGCCGUCUUCACCACCCUCAACACGCCACUGAAUUUAGCUGCCAUGGCGGUGGAGUGCUACAUCGCUAUCUGUCUACCACUGCAACAUGCUGAGUUCUGCAMCAUCAAAAGAACAUGCAUUGCCAUCGGUUGGAUUUGGGCCCUGAACAUAGUUUCUGCUCUGUCAGAUGUGUUUAUCGUUCUGGCAACAGAGCCACUACGUUUACGUUCUACUAUUUUUUGUGAGAGRRAKAACCUGUUCCGACRCCCUAUAAKUUUARAAAAGAGGGAGGUUUCCUAUGUAAUCUAUCUGAUCUGUGUUUGGUUGACUCUCCUCUACGCAUACUUCAAGAUCUUCUUGGCGGCUAAAGCUGCUAAAGAGAGUAAAUCAGGGGAUGGAGAUGCAAAGAAGGCARGUAAAACCAUCCUGCUUCAUGGCUUUCAGCUGAUGCUGUGUAUGCUGACCUAUUUAGCCCAUGUUAUAAAGGAUGCCCUGUUGUACUUGUCCCCCAAACAUUUUGUACAUGUAAUGUUUGUUUCUUAUAUCAUCAUUCAGGUGUUACCCAGAUUUAUCAGUCCUAUAGUGUAUGGGCUACGAGACAAGACUUUCAGACAGCACCUGAAAAAGCACCUGAUGUUUACACUGAGUUCAACCAUCAAACCGUGGUGA